AAAGUGAUAAAUUCUCUUAUAAUACAUUGCUUUGUUUACAUUAAUUUGAAUGUUCGUAUCAUGAUUGGUAAAUAUUAUUGAACUCAAGUCAGUGAGUUCGAUGUGUGAUUUCCUCACACGCAGAGAUCAGUCAUUAACUAAAUUCCAAGUUUGAAAAAUGGAAUCCCGUGGUGAAUUUGACUUUACGGCGAGAGUGAAAGAAGAGCCACGUGACGAGCCGCUCGACGAAAAUGAUUACCAAAUGGGGUUUCUGCAAGAAAAUCCAUGUCUUGGGCUUCAGAAGUACGACGCAAAGCACGAACUUGACGACAUCCGAAUCGAACUCGAAUGCAGGGACCAGAAGCCUUACGCAAAUUUAUUAAAAGUAGAAAAGAUGCAGGAUUAUUCGCAAAAUCACUCGCAAGAUGUGAAGUACGACGAUCGUCGUGAGGCUCGAUGCACAAUCAAAGUAGAAAGCGCACAGGAAGUGAAACAGGAAUUUUCUGGUGACGUUGCGGAAGAAUCAAAUUCGAAUUUAGACUGUGAACUCAGCGAGCGAAAUCAAAAAAAAAGUGUUGCAAGUAGAUCAGUGGUUAGUGGCAACACCCACAAUUGUGACACAUGCGAAAAGACGUACAAACGAAAACUGAAUCUCAAACGCCACAUCGAUUCGGUACAUAAUAAAAUAACUCACGCAUGCGGUUUAUGCGAAAAGACCUACAAAUGUAUAACUAAUCUUCAAACCCACGUAAAUUCGACGCAUAAGGGUAUGGCACCGGCGUGUGAUAUUUGCGGAAAAAAAUACUCGACUAAGGGUCAUCUUAAAGCUCACAUCGAUGCAGCUCAUAAUGGUAGCAAACCUACUUGCGACACAUGCCGAAAGACAUUCACGAGAAACAGUAGUCUUAAAGCUCACAUCGAUGCGACUCAUAAUGGUAUCACACACACAUGCGACACAUGCCGAAAGACAUUCACGAGAAACAGUUAUCUUAAAAUUCACAUCGAUGCGGCUCAUAAUGGUAUCACAUACACAUGCGACAUGUGCCGAAAGACAUUCACGCAAAAAAGUAGUCUUAAAGCUCACAUCGAUGCGGCUCAUAAUGGUAUCACACACACAUGCGACAUGUGCCGAAAGACAUUCGCACAAAGAUGUAAUCUUAAAAUCCACAUCGAAUCGAUGCAUAAAGGUAUUUUAUAUACAUGUGAUAUGUGUGGAAAUAUGUAUAAACAAAAAGCCAAUCUCAAUAGACACAUGAAAGAGACACAUAUUGGGAUUACAUAUGCAUGCGAUAUAUGCGAAAAGACAUACAAGCAAAAGAGUCAACUCAAAGAUCACAUUGAUACACAGCAUAAGGGCAAGAGCUACGCAUGUGAUUUUUGUGAAAAAAAAUAUAAUUAUCGAUCUACUCUCAAUAAACAUAUUAUAUCGUCGCAUAACGAUAUCACACAUGCAUGCGAAACGUGCGGCAAGGUAUUUGGACAAAAAAGAAGUCUCAAAGCUCACAUCGAAAUGGCACAUUGCCCACGCCUGAGCCCGUAAAUUUGUAAAAUUCAUAUUUCAAUUAUGUAAAUAAUUCCUAUGUACAAUCCAAUAUAUUUUUUUGUAAGACUGAUUUAAACAAUUUUAUUUAUAAUGUGAUGAAUUUCUUCUGACUUGUGUUUAAAAGAAAUGAUAAUAAAA